AUGUCAGGGAUCCUCUUCGAAGAUAUGUUCAACGUUGACUCUGUUGAUGUUGGAAGAUAUAAUAAAGUGAGUCGUAUUUCUGCUCAAUCGUCAACCUCGCAAGAUGUCAAGAUAACUUUAGACAUCAAUAGUGAAGUUUUUCCUGUGAGAGAUAAUGAUUCUCUCACUAUCACUUUAGCAUCAACUUUGGGUAAUGAGUCAUCUAUGUUGACUGCUAGUGGGUCAUGGAGACCUCCGAAAGCUGGCGAUAGAUCUCUCGCUGAUGAUUAUGACUAUGUAAUGUAUGGAACUGUUUACAAAUUUGAUGAAACGGCUGGAUCUGACAAGAUGUCAGUUUAUAUCUCAUUUGGUGGUUUAUUGAUGUGCUUAGAGGGUGGCUAUCGCUCAUUAUCGAAUUUAAAGCAAGAGAAUGCUUAUAUAUUGAUUCGUCAUUACAGAGAUAAUUAA